AUGGCGGAGUCUGAUCCUCAAAUCCAACGGCGUUCCCCGUCCCAAGCUUCUUCGGCAUCAAACAGAAGUUUCAGGAGCCAAAGAACAAGAACACUUCGUGCGAGGUCUAAGAAGCGACAUUCGGUUUCUUCCAAUGCCACGACUGAUCUCACGUCAUUUCCAUCCCUUUCCCCGCUUGACGGCUCCCCCACCUUGAAACGGGGAUUGGAAACCACGCUGCGGGCAGAGCACGAGGGAAAAGAUGCGACAAAUGGCACUGGACGUGGGCGUAAAGCCACUUUGGCAACCCUAACAUCUGGUGUCUCUCAUACUUCUGGUCGGGCUGCUCUCUUCGAUGAUUCCGUUCCCAUGCGCGAUAUUCCAGGGGCCUUACACCUGGCGGAUGACACGCAUAUCGAGCGUCUGAUUGCCAGCACUGGGUCUCUGAAGAUUGUGAGACAAUUCGCGCGCGACCUGGCUCAACGCGAUGCGGAGAUCUCAGUCCUGCGGCAGCGCGCUGAUGCCAGGGAGCGAGAAUUGAAGAGGAUGCUUCGAGAGGUGUCAAUCUCCAAUCAGGAUAUCGAACGCCGUCUUUAUCAGCUAGAAAACCCGCCGGAUGACGCUACCUCGGAUGCAGAUAGGGAAAGCUGUCACAGUGGGGAUCGAGCUUCUCAAAAGUCUUCAGGGGGUCUCAAUGGUCUCAUGUCUCAGGCGAUGUCAGAUGAAGUAGGGUCGCAUGCUGAAGGAGAGCUAGAGUCGGAUCAACAAGCUACUAUUCGCGCGAAUCGGAUCGAACAAGAAGCCAGGUUAAACGGAACCCUCAGCCAUAAGCGAACGGGCUCUCUACGCGGUUGGGGGGAUUUCUUCUUUGGUUCAACCAACGCUAGUCGAAAGACCAGUCGUGCUAGCAGUGUGAUAAGCGACAUGCGAGAAAUCGACGAGGAAGAUACUGAGCGCAUUCGUGUGCCUAGUAACCCUGCAAGUAAACGCAAGGCUAUUGAUGACCAUCUUUUUCACCCUCCGGGUGGCCAAUUAGCAGCCGACGUAUUAGGGAAACGCCUUGCUAGUGUUUCGACAAACGGCGAUAAUGCAAGCAUUCAUUCGCGCAAAUCCUCCCGGUCUCUGGGCUCUUGGACUGCUAAGCUAUUUGCCGGCACACAAAAGGACAACAGCGAUUCCGAAACCACUCGCAGCAAAACGCCACAAAAUCAGGACAGAAGGGCAGCAUCCGGUGCCUCGAUGAAUUCAAUGUCAGCGGUGGCCGCUUUGAAAAGAAUCAGUAGUAAUGCGAGUAUGCCUUCGGUCCGAUCUGCCAGUGGGACAAGUGGGACAGUGAAAAUCAACCGUCCAGCUGCUCGAAGAACUACCGCGGUAAAUUUAUCACAGGCUUCAACCCCCGAUAAUGCAGAGCGAAGCUCGACCAAUCUUGGCCCCGUCGAGAUGGAUGCCAUUUUGCCCAUGGAGUCUCGACCACCUACCCUUUCACCUAUAUACAACAACACCCAGUACAGCGAAUUCCUUACCGAUCGCUUUGGUUUCAUCUACGAUCAACGUCGCAAGAAGCGCCAGAGGGAGGCUAUUGUAGUGAAGGGCCAUAAAUCCCGGAUGAGCAUUGCUGAGACACUUGGAAACCUUCGCAGUGACUCGGAUCCUGAAGAAAAUAUUCCGGACCAUGCCACCCCGGAAUUGACCAGCGUCUCUCAAUCUCCUAUUGCCUCACCUGAUGAGGCCGAAGGUGGAGUUCGCCGCUGGCAGGAUUAUCUGAGGCUCCCAUCUCGCCCGACGGAACUUCUUUCUCAUACUCCUUCGGCUGCCCCAAUCGUUUCUCUGACCAAUGCCUCGGAAAGUCGCCCACACAGCUCCUCUGUCUCGGUGGAUAAAGAUGGGACGUUAUCUGUCAGCCCUAGUGUACAGCCAUCGCCUUCCACAUCAACAGUCACGGCGGAUCAUCCUGAGUUUGCUUCUACAGCUUCAGAGGAUUCUGCUACAAAAUCGACAAUCAAACUUAAUGCUGCUGAAACCGAGCCAGUGAGAUUGCUUUUAGACCAACUUACCGAGCUUCAUGAUACGCUGCAACGGGAUCGUACCGUCAGAUGGAACGAUUUCUUCCGCAAAGUUCGUGCGGAGCGUAGAAAGGAAGGUGAAGCGGCUGCGGCAAUCUCAGACCGAUCCUCCACUGCAGUUGAUACACCGGAAGCAACUCUCGCUGACGGGGAGCUUGUUGGUAUUUCUGGACUGGGAAACAAGGGCAAGGUCGGGCGCGCGAAAUGGCGCGAAUUCCGAACUCUUGUUCUCGGUGGUAUUCCAGUACCUCUCCGUGCUAAAGUUUGGUCGGAAUGUAGCGGUGCAUCUGCAAUGCGCAUCCCCGGGUAUUAUGAUGAACUUGUGCGAGGAGUCGGUGGAACAGAUCCCGACCCUUCCAUUGUCGCUCAGAUCGAUAUGGAUAUUCAUCGCACCCUGACUGAUAAUGUGUUUUUCCGCAGAGGGCCCGGUGUUAGUAAGCUCAAAGAGGUUCUUUUGGCAUAUUCACGCCGCAAUUCCGAGGUCGGAUACUGCCAGGGCAUGAAUCUUAUCGCCGCAUCUCUCCUCCUCAUUAUGCCUACGGCCGAAGAUGCAUUUUGGAUUUUGACUUCUAUGAUCGAGAUUAUCUUGCCUCAGCAUUACUAUGAUCAUGGUCUUUUGGCUUCUCGAGCCGAUCAAGUGGUGUUGCGACAAUACAUCUCAGACCUCUUACCCAAGUUAUCGGCCCAUCUAGAAGAGCUGGGGAUUGAACUGGAAGCGCUUACGUUCCAGUGGUUUCUGUCCGUCUUUACAGACUGCCUUUCUGCAGAGGCUUUGUAUCGAGUGUGGGAUGUAGUGUUGUGUCUCAAUGUCACCAGCGUCAUCAAUGACAGUUCCAAAGAAGGCAGCGACAAGCCCCCAUUAACACCCGAAGACCUCUCCGUCUCCGGCAGUGGAGGCGGGAGCACAUUCCUGUUCCAAGUCGCGUUGGCACUUCUCAAGCUUAACGAACCUCAGCUACUUACCACGUGCUCGACUCCCGCGGCUCUAUACACGUACAUCAACCACCAGAUGACAAAUCAUGCUAUCAGUAUCGACGGGUUGAUCCAAGCCAGCGAGGCACUACGGAACGUGGUACGCCGUGAAGACGUCGUUUCGCGCCGGGCAGUAGCUCUUCGAGAAAUGCGUGAGUUUAACGGAGGCUACUAA